ACUCUGUCUUCCCGUUGCAGCCGCCCGAAGAAAAAAAAAGGGGAACCCAGCCAUGCCUUUGAGAAACCGGUGAGAUAAGCUUGGUUUUCUCCUUCCUUCCUUGCUCUAGAACACACCUAGAACCCAGAAAUCUUCCCCCCUGCUGGAAAAGCCGGAUCUGCCCUGCUCUGCUUUGUCCUUCCGCCGGCUGCUCUUGAUUGUGGGUGAUUUCUGGGCAUUUUUUUCGCUUGCCGCCAGCCUCUUCCUCCCUGCAACUCCGAUUAUAGCUAGAGAAUUAUGGUUCCCGAUCGUUCUGUCAGUUAGUACGUGACUUGAGUGCUCGGUUUUAUGCAAGUGAGGAAGUGAAACUGAGGACGGGGAAACCACGGGAAGUGAUGAGUUAGAAAGCUAGCCAUUUUGAGAUUAAUAUAGAUUUUUAGAAAUAAAUCAUGAUCUUGUAAACUAGAGUGUAUUGGAGAUUUUAUGAUAUGAGAGAAAAUUUGAAAGAUUUGAUUUUCAGAUUUUGAUGAGAAUUCUGAAAUCAUGAAUCAUAGAAACAGCAUAAAUGCAGGAGCUUCAAUUGGUAGUCACCAAAAGAUAGCUCUGUUGUUGCAUCUUCAUGACUUUACUGAAGAUCAAGUGCUUGUGUUGGAGUUUCUCCAAGCAGGACAUUUUGUGGAUGAUUGAUUUCUUCAAACAAUCCAACAUCAACAUGGGUCAAAGGGGAAUAGGAAAUUACUUACAAAGAAAGGAAGGAUGAAACAUGAGGAAAUCUUUUCUUUUUCUGACUGCUUAGAGUUCAGCGCAAGAAGCAAACAACAUGAUACUAACAACUGAGAAAGUUAUCACAGCCAUUUUCAUUGAAAUCUGAAGAUACAUCAGAAACUGUGACUGCACAAACUUGGUGAUGAGGGAAAAAAAUUGCAUGGAAUUCGUUCCUACCCUUGUUAUUUCUUGCAUUUACUUUACCUCACACUUUCAAGUCAAGAACCUUUUGACCCAAACCAGGCUGCAAGAUGAUAUGUGGGAGAAGGAAGGGUGGUUGGCCUCUCUAAAAUUACAGAAAAAGUUGGAGACUGAUAGAGAAUGAAGCAGUAGGUCGAGAGCUUCACAGAACUACUGUAGAAUAUUGAGCCUUCUGGUAAGCAUCUUCCCUUUGCUGUGACAAUUUGCAUUUAUGGUUUGAUAGCGGAUAAAAUCUGGGGGGAAAAAAGGGGGGGGGGAGUACUUAAAUCUUCUGCAUUCCUCAAAAUAAGUAUAUGCAUCUGAAACAAUACUACUAAUAACUACGACAAAACAUUGGCAUGCAAUUGAAGGGAAAUACCUUAUUUGUAAAUAUGCAGAAUACAUCUGUUCCCAUAGCUUUGUCAAGUU